AUGGGAAAUUAUCUUAGCUCAGGAAUGGAGGAAAACUUCAAAAAGAAUCAAGAAUUUAUGCACAGAAUAAAUAUGGAGAGGCAAAUACAACUUCAAUAUCAGAUGCAAGAGCGACAAAUGGCGAUGCAAAUUGCUAGAAGUAGGGACACCUGCCUUUGGUUCACUACAUUUUACGUGGUCGCUGCAGCAGGCCUUGGCAGUGGGUUCAGAAGGACUAAAAGACCGUAUCUUUUGAUACCUUUAGUACCUCUCACAUUUGUGACUCUCUACUAUUGGGAUCUUGCCUAUGGAAACAAAAUACACAGGAUAAGAAUGGAAGCGGAACACAUAAUGACACACGAGCAAGAUUCCCUGGAAUGGCCUUGUGGCCUGCCCACACCUUCGUCAAUUGACCUUGGUCGUUUGGACGUAGAAGAAAAGAAGAAGAUGCAUCCCUCCUUGUUCGCGUAA